CCUGCUGCUUUCGCAUUGGUGGAAAAGGCAAAGAAACCAGGCAGUUCUAUGACACUGAUGGGUGGAUUUUAGACCACACUAGAUGGAUCUUGAAAACAACGAUAUCGGGCUUGUUCAGAGCAACAUGUCAGUUGGCGGGAAAUUCUAGAUUAAAGAUUAAAAAAGUUAAUUAUUGAUAUCUGUUAUUUAAUCCACGCUGUUUAAGCUCUAUAGAAAGGUAACACUUCUCCAUUCCGCCUAGAUUAAUCAUUUCGAUUACAACGGAACCUUGUGUAAAGUCUGGUUUGCUUACGCUGCGCGAUCGUUUGCGCCACUUUAUUUUUGGCAGUCUUUAAACAGUUCUAUCGCAAAACGAGGAAUUAAACCUUUUGGAACCAAACAUUUGCAUAAAUAGAGGGUUUAGCGUAUGUAAUACCUCUUGAUAGUAGAGAAUCAGAAUCGAUGAUUCCUAAUUAAUUUGAUUUUUGGUACCGUCAUGUGAAAACCGAGAAAAAGUAAAAUUUGAAACAUCUGUAAGGGUGCGUUCCUUUGGGAUGAUUCGGAUCAGGAUCAGUGAUCAGAGAUCACUCGGAUCAUGUUAGAUCAGAUGAACCGAUGAAUCCACUCUGGACAUGGAUUCAGGAGGGGGGUGCUCGGGAUUUAAAGUGAUAUUUGCUCCUUCGAAUAGUUAUUUUACAGAAAAAAGUCGCUGGCUGCCCCUGUAUAGUUGCUUGCGUGAUUUGUGUCCCUAACUUUUCUCGGCGAAAUUCGCGACCCCGUCAUUAAAUGCAAAUAAAGAUUACUUUAAAAUCUUCAAGAUGAAUGGGCUUUCAUGCGCAAAUUCAGGUGCAAGUUUUAUUCUCACGUGUAAAUUGACUUUCACCCUUUGAACACUCUCGUCUCCAUGUCGCACCUAAUUACUUUUUUCUUCAAUUUGACUUCAAAUGAUCUUUUAAAUCAAAAUUGUAUAAAAUUCAAACUUUAUAGCGUUAAACAACACUUUAGCACUUUCGCGUACUGUUAAAUAGGUUCCUUCAGGAAUACCACGCGCGUCAGGAAGGGGACAUUAGGGGUUAUCCAAUACCGCAAUACCGUAAGAAAAAUUGGCAAAUACCGAAAUAUCGUGUCGAAAAUCGACGAAAUACCGAUACCGCAUUUAUGAUCGGUCACGCUGUAUCCAUCUCGCGUGUUUUUAUUUAUUUGUUUUUUUAUUAGAAAGAAUGUAUACACCAGCAAUCAACCUCUAGUCAGCCUUCGCGAGAAAAAGUGAGAAGAUCUCGAAUUGAACGGUACAACGAUCGGAAAGCCAAGUGAUUGGAUGUCCCACCAGUUUCCUGAUCAUAGAGUAACUGUCCGAAAUUGUGUAUUUAUUGACUGUUAAGUUUAAAGUCUUCCAAAUAUUGACCUACAUUAGACAUAAGAGGCCAACUGAACGGUACCGCAAUACCGUGAAGGACGGCUUCUUUUACCGAAUACUGUUACCCAGAAGGAUGAAAAACCGCAUACCCGCAGGGCUGGAUGAUACUGCAAUACCGCACAUUAAAAUCAAAAUUACUGAGAUACCGCUAGAAAAAAAAAUCUCGAUGCUGCAAUACCGUAAACUCCCAUGUCCCCCUCACCUGUUGGCAAUGUCACGGUUUUGUUAACAGAAUCAAAAUCUUGGAACCCUUUCAAUGCACAGAAUUGGAUUUAUUGCGUAUCUUAUGAUCAACGAAAACCAUCACCAUGCAAGGUGCUGUCACUUCUGCAUUAGGCAACUAGUGAUUCAUAUUAUGAGCAGCGCCUUUCAUCUUGUGAUCCGUACGGGGGUGGGGGGAUAACUUCAGAGUGUCGUGUGCGUGCUUUCACCUUUAGCAUCGAAUUCCUGUGGAGGGUCACAUAUAAUGGCCAAUACGGGGAUGCUCCACCCAAAAGGGACCUUUUUCAGGCUACGGUCUAAGAAAGGGUAGGGAAGCCGAAUACGUUCUGGUUUUAUGAUAUUCAUAUUUAAAAGGCAGUGCAUUGACAGCAGUUAAAAGUUAAAGGGAUACAAAAUGAUUCUAAACUGGGUCAGAUGAGAAAGCGGUGAUAUUUGUCAUAUAAGGUGUACGAAAGGCGUACCUUGUCUGUCAGAAAUGGUAUAUAAACUUCGACCUGUAAGGAGCGGACUCUGGUACUGCGCCUCCGCUAUUAGACUUUGCGCAUAUCAGCACGAGGUUGUGAGUUUCAAAACAUUCGUGAUGUUUUGUGAAUGGCCGGUGAUUGAUUGAAAGCUUUCUUACUCUAUCAGUUAGACUGUAUUCGUCUACGGAAGAAAACAUUACAUAAUUGGGUUAAGCAGCUUGGCGUUUUGAAAACUCCUUAACUGAAAAUGUCUAUGAAGUCCGUAGACAAGGUAUGUUUUACUUUACGUUUACUUAAAACUACAUUUUCACAAAUUUCAAAAAUGUAUAGCGAUCGGACAAGGAAAAAACCACUUUUAAUGCCAUUGAAAAAUAUAGGUGUGUGGUCUCUGAAAAACUAUAUUGAAACACCUAACAACUAAAAAUCAUAUUACCUAGCAAUACUGCUAAUAACGGUAAUUCAAUCGAGUGAUCCGCGUCAAAAAGAUUAAUUGGAGACGGGGAUAGGAUCAUAUAUAUUCGGAAAACUGGGCGAACCUCUGAAACAUUUCUCACUGCCUAGAGUUACUCUCUGUCGGUAAAAAGUAAUUGGAAUUUUUUCAAGAAAUAUUCGUUUUUAUUUACCUUUGCCUACUGUUACGCUCAAUUGGUAAAGGAAAAACAAAGCAAAACAAAACAAAAACCACAACAGCUUAAUCACUAUCACGAACUCCGAGUUUUUAUUGCUAGGAAUGGUUAACGUGCUUAUUCUUUUCCUACUCUAUGUCAGGCCUUUUUGAUAUCCUUUUUUAGUAGUCUGAUAUAUUUUGCUUUACUCAUACAGAUUGCACCUUGGUCAGAAAUUGCAUGCCACAAAGUUGUCGACCUUCCCCGCAAAGAAGGUACAUGUGAUCUGACACUUAUCAAACUAUGAGAUAGAAUUAAGUUCAUUCACUGCAUGAUGUAUAAUUACUAGAGAUAAUCACUGAUUACGGAUCCGCGUUCGUCACUUACGGAGACGAAAUCGAGUCAAAAUGAGUCCAAUUUCCCGGCCGAUAUGCCCCUGGAAAAUUAAAUUAAAAGGUCCGUCUAAUCAACAGUCGCCCGAAAUAGCUCGAAAAUUCUGCCUUUAUGUCACAUGAACACCAGCUUAGGAUGCGUUCUGACGAAUACUGGCAGUCACGAUCCCACUGAUGUCGAAAUAUCUUUUAAGAUAUAUAGAAAUGUAGGGGUGGGGGAUGUGGAGGGGGUUUUAUAUAUAUAGAUAGAUAUAUACUUUUGUUCCUUUGCACGUGCGCCCGUGUGCAUUUUUCACUUGUUAUUGUCCAACUUGUGAAAAACUCGGUUGAACGAUACAUUUUUUCGUCGUCGGCUUUUUUGUUCCAAUGUGACAUGUCGUUUUGAGUUUUUUUUAGAAAAAUACAUGCGCCCUACGAUACAAAUUUGCAAUGGCGAAUUAUAUAGCUGAUUUUGGGAAUGAGGAAAAUAUCCCACGAAGCAGCCGAUCCGCGAGUUAUACGGCGUCACCGAAUUGGUAGGCCAAAUGCCAUGGCAUCUGUAGCAAGUGACGAAGCAUUUUUAUUGAUGGAGUGUAUUAAAAAAAUGCGCUGACCAGGGGCGUGCUUAAGAGAAACUGUAAACUAACUUGAAAGGAUUUGUGGCCUAGAGUGUAUUCUGUCUUCAAUGGGACGUUGCCUUACAGGCCGUGAUUUUACACGAAAAAAGGUGAGACAUUAAGAUAUAUGACCAGCUCAUCAUGGUUAUGAUAAGGUCUGCUUCUAUGAACUUCGUCAACGUCUUAGUCCGUUUUAAUCAACUGCUACAAUAUUGUUGCUCCUUCCCACAUAUCCAAUAUGGAUAUCCACGGUCACAUCUUCCUUCUCAGCGGUUUCGAAAACACAUUUUUUUUCAUUUCAUCUGCGUUUUUCCCCUUAUCCUGUAACGACAACAAUUAUAUGACCUACAAGUGACCGAAUUCCUCAUUUUUUUAAUUUUCAAGAGAAUGCAAAUCAAGAGAAUUGCAGACAAUAUCCGUCCAUUAUUUUUUCAAUUGACAAAUUGGAACAAAGAACCUGACGAACAAAAAAUUUAUGGUUGAACCAAGUUUUUCACAUGCAAAUUGGACAAUAACAAGUGAAUGCACACUGGUGCACGUGCAAGAGAACAAAAGUAUAUAUAUAUAUCUAUCUAUAUAUCUCUCUGUAUGAAAACCUUUUUAAAAACGGGUGUAUAUAUAUAUAUAUAUAUAUAUGUAUAUAUAUAUACACCCGUUUUCAAAAAGGUUUUCAUAGAGAGAGAUAUAUAGAUAGAUACAUAGUUUUGUUUUGUUGCACGUGUGCCCGUGCGCAUUUUUCACUUCGUAUUGUCCAACUUGUGAAAAAACUCGCCUCAACGAUAAAUUCUCUCCUUGUCAGGUUCUUUGUUCCAAUUUGUCAAUACAAAAGAGAAUGCACGAAUAUUGUCUACAAUUCACUUGAUUUGCAUUCUUUUGAAAGUUAAAGAAUGCGGAAUUCGGUCAGUUGUAGGUCAUAUAAUUGUUGUAUUUACAGGAUAAGGAUAAAAUCAUCAAAGAUUUUCAUUUUUAUAACAACGCAGAUGAAAUGAAAAAAAAGUGUUUUCGAAACCGCUGAUUUUUUUUUUUUUUUUCGGAGAAGGAAGAUGUGACGGUGGAUGUCGAUAUUGGAUAUGUGGGAAGGAGCAAAAAUGUCAUAGCAGUUGAUUAAAACGGACCAAGACGUUGACUAGGUUCAUAGAAGUAGAUUUUACCAUAACCAUGAUGAGCGGGUCAUACAUAUUAAUGUCUCACCCAGUUUUUUCGUGUAAAAUCAUGGCCUGUAAGGCAACGUCUCACUGAAGACAGAAUAAACUCUCGGCCACAAAUGCUUUCAAGUUAGUUUAAAGUUUCUCUUAAGCACGCCCUUGGUCAGCGCAUUUUUUUUAAUACACUCCAUCAAUAAAAAUGCUUCGUCACUUGCUAGAGAUACCAUGUGAGACAUUAAGAUAUAUGACCAGCUCGUCAUGGCUAUGACAAAGUCUGCUUCUAUGGACCUCGUCAACGUCUUAGUCCGUUUUAAUCAACUGCCAAAUAUCACUACAAAUCAUGCUAUUACCUAUACAAAUUUUCUUUUCGUCAGGUUCUUUGUUCCAAUUUGUCAAUUAAAAAAAAUAAUGCACGAACAUUGUCUGCAAUUCUCUUGAUUUGCAUCCUCUUGAAAAUUAAAGAAUGAAGAAUUCGGUUACUUGUAGGUCAUAUAAUUGUUGUCGUUACAGGAUAAGGGGAAAAACAUCAAAGAUUUUCAUUUGUAAAACAACGCAGAUGAAAUGAAAAAAAAUGUGUUUUCGAAAUAGCUGAGAAGGAAGAUGUGACGGUGGAUGUCCAUAUUGGACAUGUGGGAAGGAGCAACAAUAUCAUUUAUACAAAUGUAGCAGUUGAUUAAAACGGACUAAGACGUUGACGAGGUUUAUAGAAGCAGACUUUAUCAUAACCAUGAUGAGCUGGUCAUAUAUCUUAAUGUCUCACCUUUUUUGUGUGUAAAAUCACGGCCUGUAAGGCAACGUCUCAUUGAAGACAGAAUAAACUCUCGCCCACAAAUGCUUUCAAGUUAGUUUACAGUUUCUCUUAAGCACGCUCCUGGACGGGGCAUUUUUUAAAACACUCCAUUAAUAAAAAUGCUUCGUCACUUUCUACAAAUGCCAUGGCAUUUGGCCUACCAAUUCGGUGACGCCGUAUAACUCGCGGAUCGGCUGCUUCGUGGGAUAUUUUCCUCAUUCCCAAAAUCAGCUAUAUAAUUCGCCAUUGCAAAUUUGUAUCGUAGGGGGCAUGUAUUUUUCUAAAAAAAACUCAAAACGACAUGUCAAAUUGGAACAAAAAACCCGACGACGAAAAAAUGUAUCGUUGAACCGAGUUUUUCACAAGUUGGACAAUAACGAGUGAGAUAUUCACUUUUGUUUUCUUGCACGUGCGCCCGUGCGCAUUUUCACUUCUUAUUGUCCAACUAGUAAAAAAAAUCGGUUCAACGAUAAACUCUCUCUUGGUAAGGUUUUUUGUUCCAAUUUGUCAAUAAAAAAGAGAAUGCACGAAUAUUGUCUGCAAUUCUCUUGAUCUGCAUUCUUUUGAAAAUUAAAGAAUGCCGAAUUCGGUCAGUUGUAGGCCAUAUCAUUGUUGUAGUUGCAGGAUCUUACAGGAUAAGAAGAAAAUCAUCAAAGAUUUUCAUUUUUACCACAAGGCAGAUGAAAUGAAAAAAAAAAAGUGUUUUCGAAACCGCUAUUUUUUUUUCUGAGAGGGAAGAUAUGACGGUCAAUGUAGAUAUUGGAUAUGAGGGAAGGAGCAAAAAUAUCAUAGCAGUUUAUUAAAACGGACCAAGACGUUGACUGGGUUCAUGGAAGUAGAUUUUAUCAUAACCAUGAUGAGCGGCUCAUAUAUAUUAAUGUCUCACCUUUUUUUGUGUAAAAUCACGGCCUGCAAGGCAACGUCUCACUGAAGACAGAAUAAACUCUCGGCCACAAAUGGUUUCAAGUUAGUUUAACAGUUUCUCUUAAGCAUGCCCCUGGACAGCGCAUUUUUUAAUACACCCUGUCAAUAAAAAUGCUUUGCCACUUGCUUCAGAUGCCAUGACAUUUGGCCUAUCAAUUCGGUGAAGCCGCAUAACUCGGCUGCCUCGCCAUUUCAAAUUGCAGGGCGGAUGCUCUUUUCUAAAAAAACUCAAACGACAUGUUCUUUUCAAAUUGGAACAAAGAACCCGACGAAGAAAAAAAUUUUCGUUGAACCGAGUUUUUUCAAAAGUCGGACAAUAGCAAAUGAAAAUUGCUCACGGGCGCACGUGCAAGAAAACAAAAGUAUAUAUCUAUCUAUAUAUCUCUCUAUAUGAAAACCUUUUAUAUAUAUAUUACGCCCUUCCCAUUACUGGGCUUAUCUUGAUUGCUUGUGUUUCAGAUAAUGACUUAGCGACCUCAGCCAUUGCAUUGGCGUUUACUGAUAAUUCUCUUGAUAAUGAGUAAUAAUGAGUAAACGAACUCAGGCAAUAUAUAGUGGUUAUAGGACUGAGUGGAGUCCAAUUCAGUCUCUAAUAAUGUUAUAACCAAAAUCGGACGACAGCGUAGCGGGAGAUUUUGUCACGAGUAUGAUCAGUAAUGGUAACAGGUGUGUGUGGAGUACAAUUACUUAAACAUGACUGUCCUAAGGCCGAAAUCAGGGCAGUUGAUAGCCAAUCAGAUUUGAAAAUUUUGUUAAAGUAAAUCAUUACAGAUCGAAUUGGCCACGCGAAGUUCUGUUAUCAAUUAAUCAUGACUUUAACAAAAUUUGUGCUAUUUUAGGCUUUUUAAAAUCAAAACACUAGAAAUUCCGGCUGAGAGCUUUUUGCAAGCAGAAAAAAAAGUAAUUUAAGCGAGCGCGUACUGUCCACGUGACCCGUUACAGUCUCGUUUUUUCUAAGUGAUUACUAUUAUCCUUAACAUUGAUACCCUAAACAUAUUUUAUUAUGUCAAUAGAGAAAAGAAAAAUCUAAUGGGGAUCUGCUUUUCAGCACACUAUUUAAUUUGAGCGAUUUUACAAAACUAAUUUCGUCAUAUGACAUUUGUUACUACUUUUCAGAAUCGCCUUCAACGAUCUCGGAAAAUCACAGCAAUUUUCCUGCUGCUUUCGCAUUGGUGGAAAAGGCAACGAAACCAGGAAGUGCUAUGACAGUCCUUGCUGUUAGUCACUAAAUAGUUAUAAAGGGUGGAUUUUAGACCAUAUUAGAUGGAUCUUGAAAACAACGAUAUCGGGCUUGUUCUUUCCUACAUUUGAUUGGCUUUUUUGAAGCUUUGAAAAACUGAUUAUUAACGCUCCACAUGUCAGUUGUCGGGAAAUUCUAGGUUAAAAAUUAAAAAAGUUAAUUAUUAGUAUCUGUUAUUUAAUUCACACUAAUUAAGCUCUAUACAAAGGUAACACUUCUUCAUUCCGCCUAGAUUAAUCAUUUUGAUUACAAUGGAACCUUGUGUAAAGUCUGGUUUGCUUACGCUGCGCGAUCGUUUGAGGCCCUUUAUUUUGGGCAGUCUUUUUUAAACAGUUCUAUCGCAAAACGACGAAUUAAACCUUUUGGAACCAAACAUUUGGAUUUGCUCGGGACUUUAAGUGAUAUUUGCUCCUUGGAAUAGUUACUUUGCAGAAAAAAGUCGCUGGCCGCCCCUGUAGAGUUGCUUGCGUGAUUUGUGUCCCUAACUUUUCUUGGCGAAAUUCGUGACCCCGUCAUUAAAUACAAAUAAAGAUUACUUUAACAUCUUCAAGAUCAAUGGGCUUCCAUGCGCAAAUUCAGUUGCAAGUUUUAUUCUCACGUUUUAAUUGACUUUCACCCUUUGAACACUCUCGUCUCCAUGUCGCACCUGAUUACUUUUUUCUUCAACUGACUUCAAAGGAUCUUUUAAAUCAAAAUUGUAUAAAAUUCACACUUUAAUAGCGUUAAACUUAAACAACACUACCUUCACUUACUGUUAAAUAGGUUCCUUCAGGAAUGCCACGUCUGGAAGGGGACAUUAGGGGCUACCCAAUACCGCAACACCGUAAGAGAAAUUGGCAAAUACCGAAAUACCGUGUCGAAAAUCGACGAAAUACCGAUACCGCAUUUAUGAUCGGUCACGCUGUAUCCAUCACGCGUGUUUUUUUGUUUGUUUGUUCGUUUGCCACCGUCGUAACAUCCACUCCUGCUAUUUACUUCAACUUUCAAGUGAAACGUGAUGGCCAUGAGUCAAACAGAGCGAUCAAUCUAAGACUAAAACACAGACUAAAAGAAAGGUACAGUCCUUUGCCCCCCCACCAAAUGAAAAAAAUAUAGCCCGUUGGGGAAACGCGAUUUCUUUACAGACUAGAAAAAAUAAUACACCCCCCUUCCAAUAUUUACCUACAUUAGACAUGAGAGGCCAAAUGAACGGUACCGCAAUACCGUGAAGGACGGCUUCUUUUACCAGAUACCGUUACCCAGAAGGAUGAAAAACCACAUACCGCGCGCAAGGCUGGAUGAUACUGCAAUACCGCACACUAAAAUCAAAAUUACCGAGAUACCGCUAGAAAAAAAGGCUCAAUACCGCAAUACCGUAAACCCCCAUGUCCCCCUCACCUGUUGGCAAUGUCUGGGUCUUAUUUUUUGUUAACAGAAUCAAAAUCUUGGAACCUUUUUAAUGCACAGAAUUGGAUUUAUUGUACAUCUUAUGAUCAACGAAAACCAUCACCAUGCAAGAUGCUGCCACCUCUACAUUAAGCAACUAGUUAUUCAUACUAUGAGCAGCCCCUUCAUCUUGUGAUCCGUACGGGGUUGGGUGGGGGGGGGAAGGGGGGAUAACUUCAGCGUUUCGUGAGCGUGCGUUCACCUUUAGCAAAUUCCUGUGGAGGGUCACAUAUAAUGGCCCAUACGGGGAUGCUAAACCCAAAAGGGACCUUUUUCAGGCUUCAGGUAUAAGAAAGGGUAGGCAAGUCGAAUACGUUCUGGUUUUAUGAUAUUCAUAUUUAAAACACAGUGCAUUCACAGCAGUUAAAAAAUAAAGGGAUGCAUAAUGAUUCUAAACUAGGUCAGGUGAGAAAGCGGUGACAUUUGUCAUAUCAGGUAUUCGAAAGGCGUACCUUGUCUGUCAGAAAUGGUAUAUAAACUCCGACCUGUAAGGAGUUGGACCCUGGUACUGUUACCCCGCUAUUAGACUUUGCGCAGAUCAGUAGGAGGUUAUGAAUUUCAGAACAUUCGUGAUGUUUUGUGAAUGACCAGUGAUUGAUCGCUACCACUUAUAUAUGCCAUUUGAAGCUUUCUUACUCUAUCAGUUAGACUGUAUUCGUCUACGGAAGAAGACAGUGCAUAAUCGGGUUAAGCAGCUUGGCGUUUUGAAAACUCCUUAACUGAAAAUGUCUAUGACGUCCGUAGACAAGGUAUGUUUCACUUUAAAUGUUUUACUUUACGUUUACUUGAAACUACAUUUUCACAAAUUUCAAAAAUGUAUAGCAAUCGGACAAGGAAAAAACUACUUUUAAUGCGAUUGAAAAAUAUCGGCAUGGCCUCUGAAAAAGUGUAUUGAAACACCUAAAGACUAAAAAUCAUAUUACCUAGCAAUACUGCUAAUAACGGUAAUUCAAUCGAGUGAUCCGCGUCAAAAAGAUUAGUUGAAUUGGAGACGGGGAUAGGAUGAUUUAUAUUCGGAAAACUGGGCGUACCUCUGAAACAUUUCUUACUGCCUACAGUUACUCUCUGUCGGUAAAAAGUAAUUGGAAUUCUUUCAAGAAAUAUGCGUUUCUCUACCUUUGCCCACAUGUACAGUUACACUCAAUUGGUAAAGAAAAAACAAAACAAAACAAAAACAACAAUAAAAACAAAAGCAGUAUAACCACAAUCACGAAUUCCGCGUUUUUAUUGCUAGGAAUGGCUAACGUGCUUAUUCUUUUCCUACUCUAUGUCAGGCCUUUUUGAUAUCCUUUUUAGUAGUCUAAUUUAUUUUUCUUUACUCAUACAGAUUGCACCUUGGUCAGAAAUUGCAUACCACAAGGUGGUGGACCUUCCCCGCAAAGAAGGUACAUGUGAUCUGACACUCAUCAAGCUAUGAGAUAGAAUUAAGUUCAUUCACUGCAUGCUGUAAAAUUACUAGAGAUAAUCCCUGAUUACGGAUCCGCGUUGGUCACUUACGGAAACGAAAUCGAGUCAAAAUGAGUCCAAUUUCGCGGCCGAGAUGCCCCUGGAAAAAUUAAAAGGUGCGGCUAAUCAACAGUCGCCCAAGACAGCUCCAAAAUUCUGCCUUUAUGCCACAUGAACUCCAGCAAAGGAUGCGUUCUGACGAACGCGAAUUUUGCAAAAGCUUUUUUAAAGUUCCCCAUGCUCUCAACUUUUGUCAAGCGCGUUGUCACCCUCGUGAAUCGAAGGACUAAGAAAAACGAGAGAAUACUGGUAGUCACGAUCCCACUGAUGUCUUAGCCUGCGAAAACAUCCGUUUCUCCUCGCUCUUCGCCGCUGGGGACGUUUCCUCCGCGCGAAACGUUUCCAGCGGCGAAGAGCGAGGAGAAACGAAUGUUUUCGCAGGCUAUUGAUGUCGCAAUAUCUUUUAAGACAAGACAAGACAAGACAAAACAAUGCUUUAUUUGGAGUCUUAUACAGUCCUAUGUACAUCGACUUUAUCCAAAUAAACUAAAGCUUUCUUGCUCUAUCAUUGUCAUUAACAUUGAUACCCAAAACAUAAUUUAUUAUGUCAAUAGAGAAAAGGAAAAUCUAAUGGGGAUCUGCUUUUCAAAACACUAUUUAAUUUGAGCGAUUUUACAAAACUAAUUUCGUCAUAUGACAUUUGUUACUACUUUUCAGAAUCGCCUUCAACGAUCUCGGAAAAUCACAGCAAUUUUCCUGCUGCUUUCGCAUUGGUGGAAAAGGCAAAGAAACCAGGCAGUUCUAUGACACUGAUGGGUGGAUUUUAGACCAUAUUAGAUGGAUCUUGAAAACAACGAUAUCGGGCUUGUUCAGAGCCACAUGUCAGUUGUCGGGAAAUUCUAGAUUAAAGAUUAAAAAAGUUAAUUAUUAGUAUCUGUUAUUUAAUCCACGCUGUUUAAGCUCUAUAGAAAGGCAACACUUCUCCAUUCCGCCUAGGUUAAUCAUUUUGAUUACAAAGGAACCUUGUGUAAAGUCUGGUUUGCUUACGCUGCGCGAUCGUUUGGGCCACUUUAUUCUUGGCGGUCUUUAAACAGUUCUAUAGCAAAACGACGGAUUAAACCUUUUGGAACCAAACAUUUGGAUAAAUAGAGGGGUUUAGCGUAUGUAAUACCUCUUGAUAGUAGAAAAUCAGAAGAAGCGAUGAUUCCUAAUUUGAUAUUUGGUACAGUCAUGUGAAAACCGAUAAAAAGUAAAAUUUGUAACAUCUCUAAGGGUGCGUUCUUUUGGGACGAUCCGGAUCAAGAUCAGUGAUCCGAGAUCACUCGGAUCAUGUUAGAUCAAAUGAACCGAUGAAUCCACUCUGGACAAGGAUUCAGGAGGGGGUGUGCUCGGGAUUUCAAGUGAUAUUUGCUCCUUCGAAUAGUUAUUUUACAGAAAAAAGUCGCUGGCUGCCCCUGUAUAGUUGCUUGCGUGAUUUGUGUCCCUAACUUUUCUCGGCGAAAUUCGCGACCCCGUCAUUAAAUGCAAAUAAAGAUUACUUUAAAAUCUUCAAGAUGAAUGGGCUUUCAUGCGCAAAUUCAGGUGCAAGUUUUAUUCUCACGUGUUAAUUGACUUUCACCCUUUGAACACUCUCGUCUCCAUGUCGCACCUAAUUACUUUUUUCUUCAAUUUGACUUCAAAGGAUCUUUUAAAUCAAAAUUGUAUAAAAUUCAAACUUUAUAGCGUUAAACAACACUUUAGCACUUUCACGUACUGUUAAAUAGGUUCCUUCAGGAAUGCCACGCGCGUCAGGAAGGGGACAUUAGGGGCUACCCAAUACCGCAAUACAGUAAGAAAAAUUGGCAAAUACCGAAAUACCGUGUCGAAAAUCGAGGAAAUACCGAUACCGCAUUUAUGAUCGGUCACGCUGUAUCCAUCUCGCGUGUUUUUAUUUAUUUAUUUUUUUAUUAGAAAGAAUGUAUACACCAGCAAUCAACCUCUAGUCAGCCUUCGCGAGAAAACGUGAGAAGAUCUCGAAUUGAACGGUAUAACGAUCGGAAAGCCAGGUGAUUGGAUGUCCCACCAGUUUCCUGAUCAUAGAGUAAGUGUCCGAAAUGGUGUAUUUAUUGACUGUUAAGUGUAAAGUCUUCCAAAUAUUGACCUACAUUAGACAUGAGAGGCCAACUGAACGGUACCGCAAUACCGUGAAGGACGGCUUCUUUUACCGAAUACUGUUACCCAGAAGGAUGAAAAACCGCAUACCCGCAGGGCUGGAUGAUACUGCAAUACCGCACAUUAAAAUCAAAAUUACUGAGAUACCGCUAAAAAAAAAAAUCUCGAUGCUGGAAUACCGUAAACCCCCAUGUCCCCCUCACUUGUUGGCAAUGUCACGGUUUUGUUAACAGAAUCAAAAUCUUGGAACCUUUUUAAUGCACAGAAUUGGAUUUAUUGCGUAUCUUAUGAUCAAGGAAAACCAUCACCAUGCAAGGUGCUGUCACUUCUGCAUUAGGCAACUAGUGAUUCAUAUUAUGAGCAGCGCCUUUCAUCUUGUGAUCCGUACGUGGGUGGGGGGAUAACUUCAGCGUGUCAUGAGCUUGGUUUCACCUUUAGCAUCAAAUUCCUGUGGAGGGUCACACAUAAUGGCCCAUACGGGGAUGCUCCACCCAAAAGGGACCUUUUUUAGGCUACGGUGUAAGAAAGGGUAGGGAAGCCGAAUACGUUCUGGUUUUAUGAUAUUCAUAUUUAAAAGGCAGUGCAUUGACAGCAGUUAAAAGUUAAAGGGAUACAAAAUGAUUCUAAACUGGUCAGGUGAGAAAGCGGUGACAUUUGUCAUAUAAGGUGUACGAAAGGCGUACCUUGUCUGUCAAAAAUGGUAUAUAAACUUCGACCUGUAAGGAGCUGGACCCUGGUACUGUGAGUCCGCUAUUAGACUUUGCGCAGAUCAGCACGAGGUUGCGAGUUUCAAAACAUUCGUGAUGUUUUGUGAAUGGCCGGUGAUUGAUUGAAAGCUUUCUUACUCUAUCAGUUAGACUGUAUUCGUCUACGGAAGAAAACAUUACAUAAUCGGGUUAAGCAGCUUGGCGUUUUGAAAACUCCUUAACUGAAAAUGUCUAUGAAGUCCGUAGAGAAGGUAUGUUUUACUUUACAUGUUUUAUUUUACGUUCACUUAAAACUACAUUUUCACAAAUUUCAAAAAUGUAUAGCGAUCGGACAAGAAAAAAAAAAAACACUUUCAAUGCGAUUGAAAAAUAUAGGUGUGUGGUCUCUGAAAAACUAUAUUGAAACACCUAAAGACCUAAAAAUCAUAUUACCUAGCAAUACUGCUAAUAACGGUAAUUCAAUCGAGUGAUCCGCGCCAAAAAGAUUAAUUGGAGACGGGGAUAGGAUCAUAUAUAUUCGGAAAACUGGGCGAACUUCUGAAACAUUUCUCACUGCCUAGAGUUACUCUCUGUCGGUAAAAAGUAAUUGGAAUUUUUUCAAGAAAUAUUCGUUUUUAUUUACCUUUACCUACUGUUACGCUCAAUUGGUAAAGGAAAAACAAAGCAAAACAAGUAAGCGCGCAUGAUUUGGGUACAAUUUCCCGCGCCCUCAAAUUUUUCGUUCGUUCUUCUUUCUUUCUUUAUCAACAAAAACAAACAAACCAAACAAACAAAAAAAAAAACAAACACAAAAGCAAAAACAAAAUAAUAAUAAUAAUAAUAAUAAUAAUAACAAUAAUAAUAAUAAUAAUUAAAAUAAAAAAAAAAACAAAAGGAAACAACGAUGUGAUACACUAUGACAGACUAAAGAAAAAGAUCGAGCGUAGGAGCUUAGGUGAAUCACGGCAUGGGCCUCCAUCUAUUUUGAGUUAUUGCCCUGCCAAAACAUAUAAGGGUGUUACUCUAACUUUAUGAGGGUAUAAUUAUAACAACCUUAAAGAUAAGUAAGGGACGAGGAGGGAGAUCGGAGGAUUUGGGGCUUAAUACGGUAAAAGAUAGCUGAUCCCCCAUUAAAUGUUAUUUUACGAAAGUGAUCCUUCCUCGUAACUCUUAAUAACUUUCGUGAUCCCCCCCCCAAAGUUUUUGCACCCACACUUACCUUUCGAAGUGUAAGUAUUUACUGUUUUUUCUUUUUUGCACAGAAAAGAUCAUAAUCAAAAUCAGGACGGAAGAAGGGCAACAAGAGGAUGCCCCCCACAAAACAAUUGCCCUUUUGGGUUCUCAAUUACGAAUGAACUCCACUUUUGUUCUCCUACAAAUUAAGUGACCUUUCCUCUCCCCCCGAUCAAAAAGAAUCCUCCGACCAGCCCCCCUCCCCCCGCGAUCAAUAAUGACUGAUUCCUAAGUUCACAAAUGUGUCAUAAUACUGAUGAAUAAUACUGAUGUCCUUUGUCCUUGGGCCAUCAAGGCUAUGUAUAAUUCACUGUUAGGAAUCACCUUGCCCCCAAUUCCUUUGAUGAUAUUGUAUAAGUAGUUUUGUCAUAAUCCGUAAGGGUCACUUUUCAGUGACUUUUGAUCACUUUUGAAAAUGUAUGUUAACUAGCGUACGAAACGUAAAGUUCAUAUAAAAAUGCGAAUGUCUACAAUGUUUAUCGACGUUGUACAUGUGUGCGUGUGCCUUUUUUUUUGUCCGGCAUCUCAAGGAAACACUGACCAUCACCUGUGUAAUGACUUCUACAUUAAAUUUAGCAACACGACUCGUGAUUAAUUCUCGCUAGAAACUUCUUGUGUCAGUAAGGCAGAGCUCCACCUGAAAAUUAAAUAAGCUGAUAAAAACAAACUAACAGAUAAACAAACACAAAGAAAUCCGAGACGAAACAAUCUCUUAGUUUCCCAAAGGGAGAAUACUCUUGCAGAAGUGAACUUUUUUGAACAAUAGAAUUGCUUUUUUAGUUAUUCAAACGAUUGAUUUUUCCCAUCCCAAAUUACUGAUGCUCAAUCGGACUUUGUUGGUUAAGGACUUUAUUUCAAAGUUCGAAAUUUGACGGCUGGAUACAUGGCAACUUUAUAGUCAAGGUCACCCAAUGACUGCAAUGACCGAUUUAUGUCUCCAAAUACGUCAGAAUUGUCUUACAUGGUUUUCUCCAUGCUUUAGAAGCCUGUUACAAUGUGAAUAACACAACCUCCGAAAAUCAUAGUUAGGCUAUUAGAAAAACUCCGAAUAUUUUAGACGAAUAGAACGGUUAUACCGAAAUUUUUAGCUUUUCUCAAGCUUCAGAAAUUUCUAGGCAAUAUUUGCUCUAGUCUGCUACAUAGCGUGACGACACUAAAAACCGGCUGUGUAGCAGACUAUAUUUGCUCCUUCGAUUAGUUAUUUUACAGAAAAAAGUCGCUGGCUGCCCCAGUAUAGUUGCUUGCGUGAUUUGUGUCCCUAACUUUUCUCGGCGAAAUUCGCGACCCCGUCAUUAAAUGCAAAUAAAGAUUACUUUAAAAUCUUCAAGAUGAAUGGGCUUUCAUGCGCAAAUUCAGUUGCAAGUUUUAUUCUCACGUGUAAAUUGACUUUCACCCUUCGAACACUCUCUUCUCCAUGUCGCACCUAAUUACAUGUAAUUACUUUUUUCUUCAAUUGACUUCAAAUGAUCUUUUCAAUCAAAAUUUUAUAAAAACUUUAAUAGCGUCAAACUUAAACAACACUUUAGCACUUUCACGUACUGUUAAAUUUAAGGUUCCUUCAGGAAUGCCACGUCAGGAAAGGGACAUUAGGGGCUACUCAAUACCGCAAUACCGUAAGAAAAAUUGGCAAAUACGAAAUACCGUGUCGAAAAUCGACGAAGUACCGAUACCGCAUUUUUGAUCGGUCACGCUGUAUCCAUCUCCUUUUGCAUGUAUACACCAGCACUCAACCUCUAGUCAGCCUUCCCGAGAAAACGUGAGAAGAUCUCGAAUUAAACGGUACAACGUUCGGAAAGCCAGGUUAUUGGAUGUCGCACCAAUUUCCCGAUCAUAGAGUAACUGUCCGAAAUUGUGUAUUCAUUGACUGUUAAGUCUAAAGUCUUCCAAAUAUUGACCUAGAUUAGACAUGAGAGGCCAAAUGAACGGUACCGCAAUACCGUGAAGGACGGCUUUUUUUUACCGAAUAUCGUUACCCAGAAGGAUGAAAAACCGCAUACCGCAGGGCUGGAUAAUUCUCCAACUGACCGCACAUUAAAAUCAAAAUUACCGAGAUACCACUAGAAAAAAAAGCUCAAUACCGCUAUACCGUAAACCCCCAUGUCCCCCUCACCUGUUGGCAAUGUGACAGGGUUUUGUUAACAGAAUCAAAAUCUUGGAACCUAUUCAAUGCACAGAAUUGGAUUUAUUGCGCAUCUUAUGAUCAACGAAAACCAUCACCAUGCAAGAUGCUGCCACCUCUGCAUUAAGCAACUAGUAUUCAUACUAUGAGCAGCGCCUUCAUCUCGUGAUCCGUACCGGGAGGGCGAUAACUUCAGCGUUUUGUGAGCGUGCCUUCACCUUUAGCAUCAAAUUCCUGUGGCGGGUAUAAUGGCCCAUACGGGGAUGCUCCACCCAAAAGGGACCUUUUUCAGGCUUCAGGUAUAAGAAAGGGUAGGGAAGUCGAAUACGUUCUGGUUUUAUGAUAUUCAUAUUUAAAAGACAGUGUAUUCACGGCAAUUAAAAGUUAAAGGGAUGCAAAGUGAUUCUAAACUAGGUCAGGUGAGAAAGCGGUGACAUUUGUCAUAUAAGGUAUACGAAAGGGUUACCUUGUCUCCCAAAAAUGGUAUAUAAAACUCCGACCUGUAAGGAGUUGGACCCUGGUACUGCCCCUCAGCUAUUAGACUUUGCGCAGAUCAGCACGAGGUUGUGAGUUUCAAAACAUUCGUGAUGUUUUUGUGAAUGGCCGGUGAUUGAUCGCUACCACUUAUAUAAACCAUUUGAAAGCUUUCUUACUCUGUCAGUUAGACUGUGUUCGUCUACGGAAGAAGACAGUGCAUAAUCGGGUUAAGCAGCUUGGCGUUUUGAAAACUCCUUAACUGAAAAUGUCUAUGACGUCCGUACAUAAGGUGUGUUUUACUUGACAUGUUUUACUUUACAUGUUUACUUUACGUUUACUUGAAACUACAUUUUCACAAGUUUCAAAAAUGUGUAGCAAUCGGACAAGGAAAAAACUACUUUUAAUGCGAUUGAAAAAUAUCGGUAUGGCCUCUGAAAAACUGUAUUGAAACACCUAAAGACUAAAAAUCAUAUUACCUAGCAAUACUGCUAAUAACGGUAAUUCAAUCGAGUGAUCCGCGUAAAAAAGAUUAAUUGGAGACAGGGAUAGGAUGAUUUAUAUUCGGAAAACUGGCCGUACCUCAGAAACUUUUCUCACUGCCUACAGUUACUCUCUGUCGGUAAAAAGUAAUUGCAAUUCUUUCAAGAAAUAUGGGUUUUUAUUUACCUUUGCCUACAUGUACAGUUACACUCAACUGGUAAAGAAAAAAACAAAACAAAACAAAAACAACAAUAAAAACAAAAGCAGUAUAACCACUAUCACGAAUUCCGCGUUUUUAUUGCUAGGAAUGGUUAACGUGCUUAUUCUUUUCCUACUCUAUGUCAGGCCUUUUUGAUAUCCUUUUUUAGUAGUCUAAUUUAUUUUUCUUUACUCAUACAGGUUGCACCUUGGUCAGAAAUUGCAUACCACAAAGUGGUCGACCUUCCCCGCAAAGAAGGUACAUGUGAUCUGACACUUAUCAAACUAUGAGAUAGAAUUAAGCUCAUUCACUGCAUGCUGUAUAAUUACGAGAGAUAAUCCCUGAUUACGGAUCCGCGUUCGUCACUUACGGAAACGAAAUCGAGUCAAAAUGAGUCCAAUUUCGCGGCCGAGAUGCCCCUGGAAAAAUUAAAAGGUGCGGCUAAUCAACAGUCGCCCAAGACAGCUCCAAAAUUCUGCCUUUAUGCCACAUGAACUCCAGCAAAGGAUGCGUUCUGACGAACGCGAAUUUUGCAAAAGCUUUUUUAAAGUUCUCCAUGCUCUCAACUUUUGUCAAGCGCGUUGUCACCCUCGUGAAUCGAAGGACUAAGAAAAACGAGAGAAUACUGGUAGUCACGAUCCCACUGAUGUCUUAGCCUGCGAAAACAUCCGUUUCUCCUCACUCUUCGCCGCUGGGGACGUUUCCUCCGCGCGAAACGUUUCCAGCGGCGAAGAGCGAGGAGAAACGAAUGUUUUCGCAGGCUAUUGAUGUCGCAAUAUCUUUUAAGACAAGACAAGACAAGACAAAACAAUGCUUUAUUUGGAGUCUUAUACAGUCCUAUGUACAUCGACUUUAUCCAAAUAAACUAAAGCUUUCUUGCUCUAUCAUUGUCAUUAACAUUGAUACCCAAAACAUAAUUUAUUAUGUCAAUAGAGAAAAGGAAAAUCUAAUGGGGAUCUGCUUUUCAAAACACUAUUUAAUUUGAGCGAUUUUACAAAACUAAUUUCGUCAUAUGACAUUUGUUACUACUUUUCAGAAUCGCCUUCAACGAUCUCGGAAAAUCACAGCAAUUUUCCUGCUGCUUUCGCAUUGGUGGAAAAGGCAAAGAAACCAGGCAGUUCUAUGACACUGAUGGGUGGAUUUUAG